CGGUGGAUUUCGGAAAAGGUAUCAGGUGCCCCGCUGUGCACGAUGGCUUGGCUUGCUGGCCCACCACUGCCGGGGGUAUGUAUGCACUGGUACCAUGCCCGGCCUCGUUCACACUUCAUCCGAAUACCACCAAGCGCGCGUCGAGGUACUGCGGACAAGAUGGCGAAUGGGAGCCUGAUGCGGCGGAUUAUUUGGCCUGCGCUACGGAUGAUAUAUUUACGAAGGAGGGAUCGAAGAGGAGAGCCGAGGACAUGCAAGAGAGCGAUUCCUCCGCCAUCCUUCACUCGAUCAUCGCCGCCCGUCUCGAGAUGUGCGUCCAACUCAUGAACGAAAUCCCCAGGCCGACGGAUGGUCGUCUCUUCUGCCCGAGGUUGUUCGACGGCUGGUCGUGCUGGAACGACACGCCGGCGGGGGAGACGGCCUACUCGCCCUGCCCGUACUUUAUAACGGGGUUCGACCACAGGCGACAGGCGCAUAAGGUCUGCAACGAAGACGGGACAUGGUUCAAACACCCGGAUAACAACCGCACUUGGUCCAACUACACGACCUGCAUUGACCUGGAUGACCUGAUGAUGCGGCAGUUGAUCAACACUAUCUACAUCGCAGGAUAUUCUGUGUCGCUCAUCGCACUCGCUAUUUCCCUGGUCAUUUUCUUCUAUUUUAGGAACCUUCAGUGCACAAGAAUUCGCCUUCACAAGAAUCUGUUCGUCAGCUUCAUGAUCAACAAUAUCAUGUGGAUUGCAUGGUAUCUUGAAGUGGCUGGCAAACCCGAUACGGUCUUGAACAACAGUAACCCUUGA